UUAGACGCAUCAUCAACCUGCAAGGAGUGGCUGUUCUCUUCUUCCUCACACUGCAAGAUCCCCCCGGUAACAGGCGCCCCCUCCUGCUAUACAGCAAGGCCGGCAACCGGGAGCGGGCAGUGAGCACAGGGGAUUGUUUCUAAACGGAGCACAGUCAUCAUGGAGUUCUAUAAAAGAAAUCACACUAUCAAACUAUGGGGUUAAAGGUAACAGGGUAUUGACCUAUUGGAAGGGUUUCUAAUAUGUUAAUUGAAAGUCAAGAAUAGCAACAUGACAACCAGAGAGCACAGUCCUCGUCAUGGUGCUAGGCCUCGCUCCACCAUCACCCUCUCUCAUGAUAUGGUGGACUUGUCACUAACAGGCAAGGUCCAAGAUCCAGAUGAACCCAUACUAGAGUUCAGUUUAGCAUGUAGUGAACUUGUUACUCCCUCGCUGGAUCGGAAGCCUAAUAGUUUUGUAGCGGUUAGUGUCACAACGCCACCACAAGCUUUUUGGACAAAACAUGCACAGACGGAGAUUAUAGAGGGAACAAGUAACCCAAUAUUUUUGAGUAGCAUUGCCUUUUUCCAAGACUCUCUCAUAAAUAAGAUGACUCAAAUCAAACUAUCGGUGUAUGAUGUCAAAGACCGAUCUCAGGGAACUAUGUAUUUAUUGGGCUUUGGAAAGUUUACAGUAAAAGACGUCCUACAAGAAAAAAAUCACAGAUUGCACUUAACAUUAAUGUCUGCUGAGCAAGAGCGUGUGGGUAACAUUACCGUUAUAGGCUGGCAAAUGGAAGAAGAAAAUACUGAUCAGCGGGCCCCUGUGACCAGAUCUACAGACACAGUUAAUGGAAGAACAAUUCUUUCUGUUGAUGAAAGUUUAACAGAAUCUCUAGGAAUUCGAUCAAAAUAUGCCUCAUUGCGAAAAGACCCAUUACUAAAAUCAGUAUUUGGUGGAUCUAUCUGUAGAAUGUACAGAUUCCCUACAACAGAUGGCAACCACCUGCGGAUAUUAGAGCAAAUGGCUGAGAGUGUGCUAUCUUUACACAUCCCUAGACAGUUCGUGAAAUUACUACUUGAAGAGGAUGCAGCACGGGUAUGUGAACUUGAAGAGCUAGGAGAGCUGUCUCCUUGCUGGGAAAAUCUUCGUCGACAGAUAGUAACUCAAUAUCAAACAAUCAUAUUGACGUACCAGGAAAAUAUGACCAACCUCCAUCAAUAUAAAGGUGUUUCAUUUAAAGCAAGUAGCUUGAAGGCGGAUAAAAAAUUAGAAUUUGUACCUACUAAUUUACACAUUCAGAGGAUGAGAGUUCAGGAUGAAACAACAUCAGAUCAGAACUAUGACAUUGUAACCAUAGGGGCACCAGCCGCCCACUGCCAAGGGUUUAAAUCUGGAGGACUUAGGAAGCAUUUGCACAAAUUUGAAGAAGCAAAGAAACACAGUUUUGAGGAAAGUUGUACAACAGCGUGCCCACAGUCCAUUGUUUACAUACCUCAGGAUAUUAUUAGGGCAAAAGAGAUCAUUGCACACAUCAAUACACUCAAAACACAAGUCAGUUAUUAUGCAGAACGACUUUCUAGAGCUGCCAAGGACAGAUCAGCCAAUGGCCUUGAGAGAACGCUUGCCAUUUUGGCAGACAAGACAAGACAACUUGUCACAGUGUGUGACUGCAAAUUGUUAGCCAAUUCAAUACACGGACUCAAUGCUGCUCGGCCGGACUACAUUGCAUCUAAAGCAUCUCCCACUUCAAGUGAGGUGGACCAGGUCAUGCUGAGGAAUGACCAAGACACUCUGGUGGCAAGGUGGACAGGACGAAAUAGCAGGUCGUCUCUUCAAGUAGACUGGCAUGAAGAAGAGUGGGAUAAAGUCUGGUCAAAUGUUGAAAAAAGCCUAGAAUGUAUUAUCCAGCGGGUAGACAAGCUUCUGCAAAAGGAACGAUUGCACAGUGAUAGCUGUGAAGAUGUCUUCCACUGUGAGAUCGGCUGCUCUAGCAAGAAAGGUAAUCAGAGAAGGCGUGCAUACUGGAUUAAUCCAGAGGCCUUUGAUGACGAGGCCUUCACACCAUCAUCUCCAUCACCUCCUGCAUGCCAUUGUCCCCAACAUACAAAUUCCUCCACGGCACCUGAAGAACCUGGUCCAGGUGAAUGGAGUGAGGCGCUCUAUCCCUUGUUGAGCACACUCACUGAUUGUGUAGCCAUGAUGAGUGACAAAGCAAAGAAAGCCAUGGUGUUUUUACUUAUGCAGGACAGUGCCCCAACUAUCGCAAUGUGCUUGAGCCUUCAGUACCGCAGGGAUGUGGUUUUCUGUCAAACGUUGACUGCCCUCAUAUGCGGCUUCAUUAUCAAGCUGAGGAACUGCCUUCAUCACGACGGCUUCCUGCGACAGCUGUAUACUAUAGGCCUGCUGGCUCAGUUUGAAAGUCUCCUUAGUACAUACGGAGAGGAGCUGGCAAUGCUGGAGGAUAUGAGUAUAGGAAUCAUGGAUUUGAGGAACGUAACAUUCAAAGUAACACAGGCAAUUUCAAACUCCUCAGCUGACAUGUUGCCAGUAAUUACAGGAAACCGUGAUGGAUUUAAUGUGCGCAUCCCACUUCCGAGCUCCUUAUUUGAUGCCCUUCCUCGUGAAAUACAGAGUGGGAUGUUGCUAAGGGUUCAGCCAGUCCUGUUCAACGUGGGAAUCAACGAACAACAGACAUUGGCAGAAAAGUUCGGAGACACGUCAUUGCAGGAGGUGAUAAACAAUGAGAGCUUAGUGCGGAUAAAUUCUUAUUAUGAGCAGUUCAAAGAAGUGCUGCCAGAAGAUUGUCUCCCUCGCUCUCGCAGUCAGACUUGUCUUCCCGAAUUGCUUAGGUUCCUUGGACAGAAUGUCCAUGCACGAAAAAACAAAAAUGUUGACAUCCUCUGGCAAGCUGCUGAGAUAUGCCGACGACUAAAUGGUGUCCGGUUUACAAGCUGUAAGAGUGCCAAGGACCGUACGGCUAUGUCAGUGACCCUGGAGCAGUGUUUGAUCCUACAGCACGAGUAUGGCAUGGCGCCUCAGGUGUUCACACAGGCACUGGAGUGCAUGCGCAGUGAGGGCUGCCGAAGAGAAAAUACAAUGAAGAAUGUGGGAUGUCGUAAAUAUGCAUUUAACAGCCUCCAGCUGAAGGCUUUCCCAAAACAGUACAGGCCUCCUGAAGGAACCUAUGGAAAAGUGGAAACCUAGAAUUGACUGGAUCCUGCACCACACGUACAUAUGCAUUACUUCGGAUGCAUCAGACAUGGUUUUUUUUUAAUGAUUUCCAAAAGAUAAUAUCUAUUCCAUAAUACGGAGCAUGCGGUCGGACAUGGUUAUGCGGCACGUCUGUUUUAACACUGUAACUCUUUAAAAAGUCUGUGAGGUAAUGUUAAUCGAGCACUUGAAUGCUAAAUUGCUACCUCCAGAAUGAUUAUGGAGGACACGGAUAAUCUUGUAACAUUUGGUUCUCAUUUUUUUAUGUUUUGAGUCUAUAUGCAGACUGUCGGAGUGUGCCCUAAACUGUAGAAGACAUUUUAGCUUACACAAAACGUAACUCCUCUGUGGUAAAGUGGAUAUGAAUUCACUGCAUGCUGAAUGAGGUUAGCAGCAUCACACGAUGAAAUGCCCGAACUAUAGUGACUACGGCCUUUUAGUAACUGAAACUGGAAACAUCAGCAUAACCGUAAUAUAUCCAGCAUUAGUUCCUUAAGGAAUGUGACAUUAUCAGUUCACUCAACUUAAUGCUGCAACUAAAGAAAUGUGUUUUAUAGUUCACCAGCAACAAGCGCUUUAUUAUUAUUAAACCGUUUACAGUAGUCCAGAGUUAGUGCUGUUUUAGCAAGUGAACCAUAUAUCAGGAGUUGCUAAAGAUUAAAGCUACUUAACAUAUAUUAAACCAAGGCAUGCUUCUGCAUACAAAUGACACUCCUUAACUAGAAUCAUUCGUUUUAAUAGAAGAAAUAGCAGAGAACAGUGAGGGUGUAAACAGCUGGUCUUUUAAAAAUAAUAUAAUAUAUUUCAAAAUUAGUUUUAGCAGCUUAUCCAGCUUUCAAGAAUAAAAUAAGUUUUUCAUUUCCCACAUUCUAUUUUUAAUCCAUAUUCUCACUAAACAAGAAAAGGCAUAUGUUCUUGUCUGUGAUGUAUGUAAUAGACUGUCAGUGUGUAAACUAACAGACUGAAAAUCUAAUUAUGUUAAAUAUAAAUGCAUUACUACAUAUACUAUAGUUUGUUCUUUUAUAGAAUAUGUAACUGUACCUUGAAUUUAAAGGGAUACUAAACCCAAAUUUUUUUCUUUCAUGAUUCAGAUAGAGCAGACAAUUUUAAGCAACUUUCUAAUUUACUCCUAUUAUCGUUUUUUCUUCGUUCUCUUGCUAUCUUUAUUUGAAAAGCAGGAAU